UUGGCCAUUUCAUCAUCCACCUGCCACUGCUGACUGUUCCGGCUCCACCGCGGCCCGCCUCUCCCUCAUCGCCGCUCCCGUCAGCGCCCCCUCCGCGCCCAAGCUCCACGGGAGCGUGUCCAACAUGGCUUCGGACCUCGACAAGCAGAUCGAGCAGCUGCGACGCUGUGAGAUCAUCCCCGAGGCGGCCGUCAAGGACCUGUGUAUCAAGGCCAAGGAGAUCCUCAUGGACGAGGGGAACAUACAAUAUGUCGACUCGCCUGUGACAAUCUGCGGCGACAUCCACGGCCAGUUCUUCGACCUGAUGGAGCUGUUCAAGAUUGGCGGGCAGUGCCCGGAGACGAACUACAUCUUCAUGGGUGACUUUGUCGACCGCGGAUUCUACUCUGUCGAGACGUUCCUGCUUUUGCUGCUCCUAAAAGUUCGGUAUCCGGACCGCAUCACACUCAUCCGCGGCAACCACGAGUCGCGUCAAAUCACACAGGUCUAUGGCUUCUACGAUGAGUGCCAGAGAAAAUAUGGGAGCAGCAACGUUUGGCGGUACUGCACGGAUGUGUUCGACUUCCUCUCGCUCGCGGCGGUCGUGGACGGGCGGAUAUUGUGUGUGCACGGCGGCUUGAGCCCCCAACUCCUGCGGCUGGACCAGAUCCGCGGCAUCGACAGGAAACAGGAGGUGCCGCACGAAGGCGUGUUCUGCGACCUGCUGUGGUCCGACCCCGACGAGAUCCAGGGCUGGGGCAUGUCGCCGCGCGGCGCCGGCUUCCUGUUCGGCAGCGAUGUCGUCGACACCUUCUGCCAUACCAACGACAUUGAGCUGAUCGCGCGUGCACACCAGCUUGUCAUGGAGGGGUACAAGCUCAUGUUCAACCAGAAGAUCGUCACGGUGUGGAGUGCGCCAAAUUACUGUUAUCGCUGCGGGAACGUCGCGUCCAUCCUCGAGCUGAACGAGGACUUGAGGCAAGAGUACAAGGUGUUCGAGGCCGCGCAGCCUGACGUCAAGUCGGUGCCGCAAAAGCGACCCGCCAUGCUCGAGUACUUCCUCUGAUGUUGUCAAUAUGUCAGUAUACCCGCUUGAAGGGUGAUACCUUCCGCAUUGCAUUGUAGAACAGAGCCACAUGUAGAGGCCAUGAGAUGAGACGUGCGCCACAACACACUGCAUAAUGAGACGCGUCGAUGCGAUCCGGAUCCAUGC